AGAAGAAUUUUGUCGCUUAGAAAUCUGCCGGAUGUAGAGGAAAUCAUUAUGGCAACACAUAUACGACGUCUCAUCAGCAAACGAGUUUUGAAUAGCUUGGAAAUUCCCUCAACAAGGAAGAAUCAAGAAAGAGUUGGAGCCUUGCUGAAAUUGUCAGAGAUAUCCAAAAAGCAAAGUGUUGAUGGUCCUCAGUUUAAACUCACUGCCACAGACUCGAAGAUUUUAACAGAAAUAUGUGAGCAUCCAGACCAGUUUGUGGGCCAAUCAAAAGAUCUCUCUGAUAAGGAGCUUGAUACAAAGGCUGAAGAACUAGUUCAAGAUAUUCAAACCAGUUAUGGAGACCUUUUGAUUAGGGUUUGUCCCAAGUGUUUAUCAAAGGUAAGGAAGGAAUUGUAAAAUAGGAUGUGUUAAACUACUUUACUACUUAGUUUGAAAUCAUAUUGCUGUAUAUUUUGGAAUAAGAAUAACAUCCAAAAAGUGUACCUGGGGCCCGUUCUAUGAAGUAGUCUCAAACUGCGCCUGCCACAGUUUCC